UAUUUGAGAUGAUUUCCUUCUUUAACAUUACACAGAUUGAGACCUGCAACCAGACUUAUCUCUCUCCUGAAAACACACACACACACAGGUACAAUGAUGCGCGUCUUGCUUCUGGCUCUGCUGCUCACUCAGGUUUGCUGUGGUAUGAACCUAGACACCGACUGGAUAUCCUGGAAAACUGAAUUCAAUAAAAACUACAACAGUGUGCGGGAGGAAGCAUACAGGAGAACAAUUUGGGAGCAGAAAGUUUUGGAAGUGAUGAAGCACAAUGAAGAAGCUGCAGCAGGACUACACACCUUUACCAUUGGGAUCAAUCACCUUUCAGACAUGACAGCAGAAGAAGUCAGCGCUAAACUGAAUGGUCUGAGGGUGGAGAAUUUUCCUCCUCAGGAUGCUAAUGAGAAUUUCACCUUUCUGAAUGAUUUCCCCCUCCCUCCCAGUGUGAACUGGACUGAGGAUGGAUUUGUCACCCCUGUCCAGAACCAGGGUGAAUGCAACUCAUGUUGGGCAUUCACUGCAGUUGGAGCUUUAGAAGCUCAAAUAAAGAAAAAGAAGGGACGGCUGGUUCCUCUGAGUGUUCAGAACCUGGUGGACUGCAGUGAUAAAGAAGGAAACUAUGGCUGCCUUGGAGGACUCAUGACUAAUGCCUUUAAUUACAUUAUAAACCAUAGGGGAAUCGGCAAGGCUGCUGAUUACCCUUAUGUAAAAAAGAACGGGACAUGCCAUGACACUCAUAAAUAUGGGCAUUGUUCUGGUUUCUGGGUUCUUCAACGUCAUAAUGAGUUCGAGCUGCAGAAGGUGGUGGCUAACAUUGGACCGGUUGCAGUGGGAAUUAAUGCUGACCUGGAUUCAUUUCACCAAUACAAGACUGGUAUUUAUAGUAACUAUUCGUGCCCAAGGCAUCCAUUGAAUCAUGCUGUUCUGGUGGUUGGAUAUGGAAAAGAAGAAGGGCAGCAAUACUGGCUGAUCAAAAACAGUUGGGGUACUGAUUGGGGAGAGGGGGGCUAUAUUCGAAUGGAGCGAAACAAGAAUCGGUGUGGAAUCGGCGGCUAUAGUGUUGUCCCCAUUGUCUGAACUUAUUUCUCUCAUAUCACCUUUUAAUCUGUUUUUCUUUUCUUGCUAUUAUCGACUAAUUCGUAAGUUUGAGUUUCUCUUAUGUAUUUUAGCAUCUGGUGGUCAUAAUGAAAAAACAUUUCUGUUUUUGGAAUGAAUGAAAUCCAGAGUUGCUUAUAUUGUAUACUUAUAUUGUUUACAAUUAUAUUGUAAUCCAUUCUUCAUAUAAUUGAAAAUAAAUGUUAUUAAAUGU